AUGGAGAACGGCAUGGAGAAACGCCCAGCGACCAUCAGGACCUCGAACCUGCCCGCAAAUAUACUGCCCUUGACCGCAACGACACAGCUACAGAACACCCUCAGCGUACGCGACACCUUUCCGUUCAAGAGCUUCCAUUCUAUACCCAGCUUGCCGGCCGUCUUGACGAACCUUGCCCUCUCUGGCGCUGCAUUGGUCGCAGCUGCAGCCUCCAUCUUCGUCACCGGCGUCAUCUUCCUGCCAUUGGGCAUACUCAAGAGCACCGUCAGCACCUUGCUCGUACCAUUCAACUAUACGAGACGAAGAUUGGGCGAAAAGCUUCCAGACCAGACAGGCAAGCGCCGCUGUGUCGUGAUCAAUGGCGCGAGCUCAGGGAUUGGCGCCGCUCUAGUAUCCGAAUAUGCAAACCCCAACACCCACCUCGUCCUGCUCGCGCGCUCCAUUCCUCGUCUCAAGAAGGUCGCAGCCACAGCUCGCGCUCUCGGCGCCACAACUUCCAUACACUCUCUCGACUACUUCGAAUCCGGCAACAUCGACGCCAUGCGUCAGCUCCUGAAAGACGUCGACCGCGAGCUCUCAGGCAUCGACAUCGCCAUCUCCUGCGUAGGCGUAACUGCCCAUCGGCAGGAUGUCUUGGGCCGCAAGGACCCCGACAAGGACAAUAUAGAUGGGCUGGCGCCAGAGAUCGCUGAGACUGUUCGCCCAAUGGAAACGGGGGAGCAGUGGGGCCAUACGACUGCGGCGCGGAUGCUCCGCAUCAAUGUUGAGGCGAUGCAGGCGUUUGUUUUAACGGCGUGGGAGCUCAUGAAAGCGCGCCGACUCACUCUUGCCACCACGAAAUCUGGGGAUGGAGUUUACAACCCUAAGAUUGUCUUUAUGGCCUCCUCGGCUGCGUUCUUCUACCCCGCGAACUUCAGCUUGUAUUCCGCCAGCAAGGCAUACCUUUACGCCCUGGGCCAGUCUCUGCAAACGCUCUCCGCGCCAUACGGCAUCCAAAUUACAACUGUCUGCCCAGGCUUCAUCGAGUCUGGAAUGACGAUCACUAUGAUCGAGGAUGGGUGUCCAGUUCCCAUCUCCGUGUUUGGGGAUCCGCGGAAGCUAGCAGCAAGGAUACGGACUGGAGAGGAGAGGAACGAUAGAGUGGUUGUUUAUCCUCUGGCGCAGGCGCUGCCGCUGUUUGGUUGCAGGGCGUUAAAUCCGUUGCUUGAGGUGCUGGGGCAGUGGGUCGGGCUGGCGACGGGGAGUGCGGCUUGGACGCCGACGUGA